UAUUGUAGUACUGCUUCAAUUAUAAAAUCUCAGCGGUUCCUCACUGCUCUUGAUAUUAUCACCAAAGCAUCUUAUCACUUCAACUUACAAGCUAUACUCGCCAUUGCCCAACAUGCAUCCAAGCUUCCUCCUCUUGGCCCUCACUAGCCUUGGCAGUGCCUCUCCUACCGGUCUUCUUACCACUUCCCAUGAUCUACAAGUCAGAGAGAUUCACGCCGAUGAGCUUCACUCUCGAGCCCUCGCCAAUCACCCCAAAGACCUCAUCAUAGACUCAGGGGAUCUCAAUGACUACAUCAAGAAACACCCUAAUUCAGAUAGCGUAGUCUAUCUGAAGGACAAGCAGUCCUUCGUACCAUUAUCGAGCGUCUCAGUGCUCGAAGAUAAGGAAACUAAAGACGGCAAAUCCAAGCGUCAGUAUACUGGCCCUUGUUAUGUCUAUGACCAGUGGCAAGCCCGUGAUUCCCAAUCCUACUGGGGUCCAUGGGAAACAGCUUCUGGCUGCCUUUACACCGGCCUGAGUGAAGGUUCAGGUACCCGAACUAUAAGUUGGUCCAAAUCAGUCUCUGUUGAAGUCUCAGGUGGAUUGGAUUGGAACCCGAUCAAGGACGUCUUGGGUGUCUCUCUUGGUCUUGCUGUUACAAACACCUGGACUGAUGGUGGUAAGAUUGACUGUAACAUCCCUGCUGGAUCAGUCGGUCAAAUUUGGGCGCAGAAAUACCUGGGAGAAGCACAUAUGUGGAAGAGAAUGUGCCAGUCUUGUGGCGCCUCUGGCCAAAAGUGCCUUGGUGAUUGGAAAGAAGCUGGAUUUGUCAAAGCUCCAACAGACGGUUCUGAUCCCGGUAAGAACUUGAACACAGGCUGCAGCACUGGCAAUGAGAAUGUCAAGUGCUAGAGUUGGGUAUCUCUACGAUGUACUUGUGGGUAAUCUUGGCUUGGACACGGUCGUUAACAGGUUGCGGCCGAACAACGGUGGAUAAUCUUGGAAAUAGGUGGCCAGUUACAUUGGGACUUCAACACCAAUGGACUCUUGUCCAUGCAAUAGAUUCUUCCAGCGAUGUACCAGAAGGUUGGAAAUGUCACUCAUUAGUUCUAGCCCUCGUCUUUAUCAAG